AUGCAGCGGCAAACGCGAAGCAAUAAAAAUACACUUCAACAUGCCAUUGGGCCCUUUCUGGUUUUAGCCCAGUUUCUUGGCGUGAUGCCCCUUGUCGGUGUUUGGCCAAAUUCUUCUGUGGAGAAAGUACGCUUUCGCUGGCUCUCUCCUUCGUUUUUUGUCUGCUGCAUCAUCUUGGGCUUUUCCAUAAUGGACUGCGUGCUCUCUUCUAAAACUGUCUUCGACCAUGGACUUAAGAUAUAUACCAUAGGUGCGCUCAGCUUUAGUGUCAUCUGCAUUGCCGGCUUUAGCGUCUUUUUGUCUCUCUCCUUGCGUUGGCCCCAUCUGAUUCGUGAGACAGCACGCUGUGAAUUGGUUUUCCAGCAACCUGGCUACGAUUGCAGUUUUGGCCAGCAAUUUGGACGUCGUGUGCGUCUCUGGGGCGUGGCACUUUUAGUGGCUGCAAUCUGUGAGCAUUCUACGUAUGUUGGUAGUGCCAUAUAUAGCAACUAUCAGCAGAUACACGAAUGCAAGUUGGAUGUGGACUUCUGGCUGAAUUACUUUCAACGUGAGAGGCAGGAACUGUUCUCCGUGUUCCAUUUCAAUUUGGUGCAGGCGUUAUUUAUCGAAUGGACCACAUUGGCUAUGACCUUUGUGUGGAACUUUGUGGAUAUCUUUUUGAUAUUGAUCAGUCGAAGUCUCCAGCUGCGUGUCCAGCAGAUGCAUUUUCGCAUAAGGCAACAUGCUGGACAGCACAUGUCCAAUGAGUUUUGGGAGCAGCUGAGGUAUGAUCUCUUGGAUCUCAGUGAUCUCUUGAAAUUAUAUGAUAAAGAGCUCUCCGGAUUGGUUAUCUUGGCUUGUGCCCACAACAUGUACUUUGUCUGUGUGCAAAUCUAUCACAGCUUUAAAGCCAGGGGCAGCUUUAUGGAUGAGUUAUACUUCUGGUUCUGUCUUUUUUAUGUCAUCACACGCAUUUGUAACAUGAUGUUUGCCGCCUCAGCAAUACCCCAAGAAGCUAAUGAAAUCUCUUAUACACUCUUUGAAAUACCCACGGAAUUUUGGUGCCUAGAACUGAAGCGCAUCCAUGAGAUCCUUUUAACCAAUUCCUUUGCUCUCAGCGGCAAGGGCUUUUUCUUUUUGACCCGCAGGCUAAUCCUACAGAUGGCUGCCACCUUGAUGGCCUAUGAGCUGGUCCUAAUCAAUCAAAUGAGCGGCUCGGAGGUGCAGUCGAGCAUCUGUAGUCGUGGUGCCGGCUCUUCAAAGAGUAUUUUCUAUUCAUAG